CCCUGAUAUCCAUCCAGACUGUUUGGAGCAUCCUGAGGCCGCUCCUUGAGGGGGGGGUGGGGUACUGUCAGGAAUGGACUUUCCAAUGGUGGUGGGACUCACCUGCCUUGUGGGCUGCAGUACCAGAGCUGGCCAGCGGGUGCUCUCAGCAACCAGAGGCUCACUCCUGCAGUCAGCCAUCACCUGAGGCUGAUUGCAGGUGGUGUAUUUAAGGAAUGGCCAGACCUGCAGUCAGUGCCUUGUUGUACUGUUUCGCUUGGCCCCGGUAUCCUGAUCCUGCUUGCUUCUGUCCUGAUUCUGCACGAACUCUGCCUGUACUGACCUCGGCUAGUCCUGACCACUCUCCCCGCCUGCUCCUGGUACCUUGUUUGCCCGUUUGCUACCGACCCGGCCUGCCU